AUGGUCGCAUUAUAUCUACGCUUGGCUUCCAACAAAACCCAUAUCAGGUUCCUUUACGGGGUUGGAGCGGUUAUACUUAGUCAUGGAAUUGCCGCGACUCUUGUGGCAUGCUUUAUCUGUGAACCUAUAUCUGUUAUAUGGAAACCCGAAUUCCCCAAAGGAUGUCUCGACAUGACGAGCUUCAACUACUUCAACGGCGCAUUCCAUGUCACGACGGAUAUCUUACUGGCGCUUCUCCCCAUCCCCAUCGUGAAGAAACUGCAAACAAACAAUCGCCGCAAGAGAACUGGUCCGCCGCCGAACUCACUACCUGCCUCGAAAUAA